CGGAACUCGAACAAUUGACAUGCGAAUUAGCAGCGGCGUAAUGAAAUUGGAGAUGACGCUAACCAGCCUUUUAACCCAUUUCUCCCCCCACCUCGGCCCAGCGACGCUCUGGAUGGCUUUGGCAUUACGGAAUGCGGCUCACUGGCCUGCCUGUCGAGCCCGUGCCGCAAUGGCGCCGCCUGCAUCAAGAUUGAAUCGAACGAGCUGGACGAGAACGGUGACAAGGCUGAGAAAUGGAAAUGCAAAUGCCCCACCGGCUACAUGGGCCCGACCUGUGAGAUAUCCGUGUGCGAGGACAAUCCCUGUCAAUAUGGUGGCACCUGUGUCCAAUUUCCGGGCAGCGGCUACCUCUGCCUCUGUCCGCUGGGCAAGCACGGCCAUUACUGCGAGCACAAUCUCGAGGUGGCACUGCCCUCCUUCUCGGGUAGCGUCAACGGCCUCUCCUCAUUUGUGGCCUACACGGUGCCCGUGCCCCUGGAGUAUUCACUGGAGCUGAGCUUUAAGAUCUUGCCACAGACCAUGUCGCAGAUCUCGCUGCUCGCCUUUCUGGGCCAGUCUGGCUAUCAUGACGAGAAGAGCGAUCAUCUGGCCGUCAGCUUCAUACAGGGCUACAUAAUGCUAACCUGGAAUCUGGGCGCUGGACCGCGACGCAUCUUCACACAGAAGCCCAUCGACUUUCGGCUGGAUGCACCGCGUGUGCCCUACGAGAUCAAAGUGGGUCGCAUCGGACGUCAGGCCUGGCUUUCGGUGGAUGGCAAGUUCAAUAUCACCGGCCGCUCGCCCGGCAGCGUCAGCCGCAUGGACGUCCUGCCCAUACUCUAUCUGGGCGGCCAUGAGAUUGCCAACUUCAAUACGCUGCCACACGAUUUGCCGCUGCACUCGGGCUUCCAGGGCUGCAUCUACGAUGUCCAGCUGAAGGCCGGCCAGGUGACGGUGCCGCUGCAGGAGACACGCGGUGUCCGAGGACGCGGUGUCGGACAAUGCGGCACGCGUGAGUGCCACAGGCACGCCUGCCAGCACGACGGAGCCUGCCUACAACAUGGCGCCACCUUUACUUGCAUCUGCCAGGAGGGAUGGUAUGGACCGCUCUGUGCCCAGGCCACAAAUCCCUGCGACUCGUUCAAUAACAAAUGCUACGAGGAGGCCACUUGUGUGCCGCUGGUGAAUGGCUACGAAUGCGACUGUCCAGUGGGACGCACGGGCAAGAAUUGUGAGGAAGAAAUACGUUCACUUAGCGACGUCUCACUGACCGGUCGCCGUUCGUAUCUGGCCGUGCGUUGGCCCUAUCUCUAUGAUGGCGGGGAUAAGCUGGGCGCCAAGCGCUCCCAAAUGGUCAGCUAUCGCAACUUUACCAAAAAGCUGCUGCCGCCCAAGCCCAUCUCGACGCCCAGCACACACUUUGUGAUGAAGCUGCUCAACGAGGUGGAGAAGCAGCGCAGCUUCUCCCCGGUGCCGCUGAUGGGCUCCAAGACGUUCGAGGAGCACCAUCGUGUGCAGUUCUUUUUCAUCGAAUUCCAAUUACGUCCACUCUCCGAGCGUGGUCUGCUCCUCUACUUUGGCACGCUGAACAACAAUCAGGAUAAGAAGAUUGGAUUCGUUUCGCUGUCGCUGCAAGGUGGCGUGGUCGAAUUCCGCAUUUCGGGACCCAGCAAUCAUGUGACCGUUGUCCGGAGUGUGCGGAUGCUGGCCAUCGGCGAGUGGCACAAGAUCAAAAUGGCCCAGCGCGGUCGCUGGCUAACCUUGUGGGUGGAGGGCAGCGCCUCCUCGGCCCUGGCUCCGUCCGCCGAGGUGCUGGUCGAGCCGGAUGCCCUGCUCUACAUUGGCGGCCUCAAGGAUCUCUCCAAGUUGCCGUACAAUGCCAUCUCCGGCUUUCCCAUACCAUUCCGUGGCUGUGUCCGCGGCCUCGUCGUCAGCGGCACUCGCAUUGUUCUCAACGAAACGAAUAUUGUGGAAUCGCGUAACAUUCGGGACUGCGAUGGCACCGCUUGUGGCGGCGAUUCCUGCGAAUCGGGCGGCCACUGCUGGCUGGACGAGAAGCUGCAGCCGCAUUGCAUCUGUCCGGAUUAUGCCAAGGGCGAUCGUUGUGAAUACUCGGAAACUUGCAAGCUAAUACCCUGUAAAAACAAUGGACGCUGCUUGCGCAGUGGCCGCUGCUCCUGUCCCAAUGGCUGGGGCGGCUUCUACUGCGAGAUUGGUAAGUAGCUAAAUGGGGGGCAACGGGGAAACUGGUGAGUGGCACAUGUCUAAGCCAGGUCAAUGACCUCAGUGGGGCUCUAAUUGAAAGUUUUCGGAUGCGCUGCGCAAAACUCUGGGUUUUUUCUCUUCACUGUUCAUAAUUGCCAACUCGUGUGUCGAGCUGUCAUUUCCUGACUGCAACUGGGAUAGAACAGGUUGGGGGGCCAGGCAAUUCGUCAUCGAAUUAGUCAAGCGCCAGAUGUUUAGUUAGUGCUUAAUGUCCGUAGCAACAA